AUGCUAUUUGUCAAACCAAAAGAAGGACAAAUAUUAUCGAUUUUGAAUUCAAAAAUUUGUAAAGGAAACAAUGGUGAACUUGAUCUAAUUUUAACAUCAGUGUCGGUACUAAAUAUCGCACCCGAAGACUUACCAACGUACCAAAUAACAGCAGUAGGGAUUGCGUCUGCUUCAAAUACUGCUAUAAUCAGUGAACUUGGAGUUCAAGUCGAAUGCACAAUUUCCAACUACAUAUCAAAAGAAAAAGCAGUUGAAAUACCCGUUGUCCUAUUCCAUCCCUCUGGAAGUCGGUUCACAAAUCAAACAAUGACCAUCCAACGAAAUUCUUCAAUAUUUUUUUCCGGGGCAUUGUCUUUGAUAGAGGACAAACUUUAUUUAGAAUUACAAAAUUCUAGUUUUAUUCGUAUUAAUACAUCUUCUGAAAAACAAAUGCCUUGGUCAUUAAAAUCAACUCAAACAUCAAUCUCAACUUCAACUAAUACUGCUUCACGUCAUUUCUAUAAAGCGUAUUUUUUUCUUUGA